AUGGCCAGACAGCUGACAACUUCAGCAUCUGAUGCAGUGCUGGCAAUAUCUGUCCUGUACUUCAUUUACAACAUCUUCUGGGUGAAUUUCUUCGCUUGUAUUGGGCUGGGGAUCCAGGGGGCUGCUGCUGCCUUCGGAGUUGUUCGAUUUGCCCAGUCCCGACCGGAAGGGCAAGUUUAUGAUUAUCACCUGAUGACAUCAUGGUUGGCUCAGGUUGUUGGCAUGCCCUUGCUUGCAGUUGGCGUCUGCCACAAAGAUCUGCCAGUCAUGAUGAACCUCAACCUGAUGAUUAUGGUUGCUGUGCUGAUUGGCUGCCGCUUCCUAGCUCCUGGCAUGCGGCACUUGGCCACACAAAGUUGCGCAGGGUUUGGAUUGCUGACUGUUGUGAUUGUGGCACUGAGGUCGUAUAAUAUUUAUGCUCUUCUAGCUUGUGCUGUGUAUGUGGCAUCCAGUAAAGUAAUUGGGUCAGAAGGGAAAUUAAGUUGGUUCUAUCGUGUAGACCUUCUGCAUAUUGGUCUGGCUGUUGGGAAUGUCCUUUUUGCAUGGGGAUUUCUUGAUUUAUGA